GUGAUAUCCAGUAACAGAUCACACAUCGUCAAACUACCAGCUACCAGAGUGAGUUUUAUACAUAAUUCAAAUGCUUUUGUUUGGCCGUAGAGGAGAUUAGAUAGAACUAGAGUUACUGCAAAACGACAUAUAAAAAAAAAAUCAACCCCAGAUGAUAAUAUCUCUAUAUUUAUGGUUAUUAAGUCUGUCUUAACCUUAAUCUCCCUAGACUUGAUGUAAUAUCUCUCUGAUGGUAUUUUCUCGUCCGGCAUUCAGUCUUUUCUGGGUGUUCCUGUGAAGUCAUAAGACAGGUUGAUUUAUAGAGUUGUGAAGAACGGAGAGAACAGGAGAGGAGAGGAGUUAAUGUGUGACGUCCCAAAGGGCAUCCUAGUCCCUAUAUAUCCCUACGUAGUGCGCUACUUUUGACCUGCACUACAUAGGGAAAAGAUUGCCAAUUGGGACACCUCCAAUAAAGCCGUGUGUCUCUCUGUCACGAAUGCAGCAACUGAGGUUCAUGCACACGCCACACCAGUUUCUUCUGCUCAGCAGUCCUCCUGCCAAAGAGUCCAACUUCCGAGCUGCCAAGACCCUCUUUGGGAGUACCUUCGCUUUCCAGUAUGUACAUAUCAUAUAUAUAUAUGAAAGCUAAAUAUAGAAGAAAGCUAAAUAUAGAUAUGUGUUUUUGGUUGUUGAGUCAAUUAGACCAUGCUCAUUUCAAGUUUAACUUUUUUUUAAAAAUAAAAAUCAGAAUAUGUUGGCAUGUUAGCUGGCCUUCCAUUGUAUCGUACACAUCCAUGUGCUUUCUCGUGAUGUGCACUCAAUGUUUGAACUACUUUCAUCUUACACUUGUUUUAAGUACUUCAAUCUUACACAGUAUGUUUCAGAACAUGUUUUUAAAAUGACUGCUAUUUUGCGUGGGGAGAAUGACUUUAAUUUGAUUAAUACAGUAGAUGUGUAUUGGAUAGUUAAUGGCCUUUUCCCUGUUCAGUGGUUCUCACAUAGAGAAUUGGCACUCCAUUUUGAGGAACGGUUUGGUGGUUGCAUCCAACACAAGACUUCAGGUAAAAAAAAAAAAAACAUCCAAGAAUUGUUUAUAAUAUGCCUUUUUAAAAGCACAAUCUGUGAUUUCAACUGCCUGACCAAGAGACUACUUUGUAUGGUAAACUGUAGGCUGGGUCUGAGUAAAUGUAACCCUUACGUCUCAAAGGAUACACUUUGCUUAUCAAGACCUUAACGCAAACAGUAGUCACUAGGGCUGUGAUGAUACCAGUAUCGCAAAAAAUGAAAACACAAAAGCAGAACGAACUCUUUGGUCCUUUUAAAAAAAACCUGCUGUAUGUAAUAUGUGUGCUACAGCUUGGAAAAUAAAUACAUGUGACUCUGGAUGACAACAUGUUUGUUUCCAAAUUAAGGGUUAAAGAAGUUACAUCUGCUUCGUGUUUUGUCGCGAUACUGGUACCGUCCCAGCCCUGACUGUUACCGUAUAUAUAUAUAUAUAUUGCAUGUCACGCCUACAGACUUCUAAUACACCUCUAAUAGUUUGGUUGUCUGUCGGCAGCUCCACGGCGCCAUCUAUGGGAGUGGAAUCUAUAUCAGCCCAAUGUCAAGCAUAUCCUUUGGUUACUCAGGUACCCAGAAAACCUAUCUACAGGAACUUUGUAAUUCAUUUUAAAGGUAGACUCAGCUAAAUGACGUUGCCACGAGCAGCACCGCAGAUAUUGCGAUGAGCGAGACGCAAGACUUCGCUGUUACACACACAGUAUCUGUGGUUCACGGGUUCGCUUCCCGCUGUUACAACGUGGUAGCCAGGGCACCAAAACAGCGGAGAAGUUUAGACUCGCGCUUCAAGGCUUAGUUUUGCGGAAAUUGACCCACUAUGCUGUUUACUUUGUGCGUCUACGUCAUAUUGCUGAGCCUUUUUAAUAUGUGGAAUGAAUUACAAAUUGUGUGACUGAGUCUGUUGUUCUACCGGAGUAAGUAAAGCUACAAUGUACCAGUUGAACUCUGCAGUAUGUGAACCGAGAGACUGUGGCCGACAUGUUCUGUCUGCACAAUAAAUUCAGGUAGAUGCUGCCAUAUUAAAACUCGUUUUGGAUUCAUUACUCUCAUGUUUUUUGAAAAUGUGCCUGUUCUGCAGACUGACAGAGCAGUGCCUGUUCUGAAUACUGACAGAGCAGUGCCUGUUCUGAAUACUGACAGAGCAGUGCCUGUUCUGAAUACUGACAGAGCAGUGCCUGUUCUGAAUACUGACAGAGCAGUGCCUGUUCUGAAUACUGACAGAGCAGUGCCUGUUCUGAAUACUGACAGAGCAGUGCCUGUUCUGCAGGCUGACAGAGCAGUGCCUGUUCUGAAUACUGACAGAGCAGUGCCUGUUCUGAAUACUGACAGAGCAGUGCCUGUUCUGAUUGUUAUUAUAACAUCUCUCCAUUUAGGGAUGAACAAAAAGCAGCAGAAAGUUGCUUCGAAGGACGAAACUGCUACAAACAAGACCAACUUACAUUUGCAGGUGAUCAUAAUGACAUUUCUCCAAACUUCUGUAAGGUGUUAACUGGUGUAAACUGGGGAUAUGAACGUUGUGUUCACUAGAGUUGUGUCCUUUUGCAGUCAACAAAGAAAGGACAGCAGCCCCAGUUUUUGCAAAGUCGGAACCUGAAGUGCAUAGCCUUAUGUGAAGGUACGUAUAUGCUCUGGGCUGGAACAACCAUGGAGACAUUAACUGAUAACACGAACAGGGCCUUCAGAAAGUAUUCACACCCCCUGGACUUUUUACACAUUUUGUUGUUACAGCCUGAAUUUAAAAUGGAUAACAUUUAGGGUUCUGUCUCUGGCCUACACACAAUACCCCAUAAUGUCAAAGUUUGAAUUAGGUUUUUGAAAUGUGUCUAAAUUUUAAUACAAAAUUAAAAGCUGAAACAUCUUGUGUCAAUAAGUAUUCAACCCCUUUUGUUAUGGCAAGCCUAAAUAAGUUCAGGAGUAGAAAUGGGUUUAACAAGUCACAUAAUAAGUUGCAUGGUCUCACUCUGUGUGCAAUAAUAGUGUUUAACAUGAUUUGUGAAUGAAUACCUCAUCUCUGUACCACCCACAUUCAAUUAUCUGUAAGGUCCUGCAGUCACGCAGUGGAUUUCAAACACUGAUUCAACUACAAAGACCAGGGUUAGGGUUAGGGGUAGAUUGGUAAAAAUAAAAGCAUGAUGAAGUUAUUAAUUACACUUUGGAUGGUGUAUCAAUACACCCAGUCACUACAAAGAUACAGGUGCCCUUCCUAACUCAGUUGCCGGAGAGGAAGGAAACCGAUCAGGGAUUUCAGGCUGAGGCCAAUGGUGACUUUAAAACAGUUAGAGAGUUUAAUGGCUGUGAUAGGAGAACACUGAGGAUGGAGAAACAACAUUGUAGUUACUCAACAAUACUAACCUAAAUGACAGAGUGAAAAGGAAGCAUUUACAGAAUAAAAAUAUUCUAAAACAUGCAUCCUGUUUGCAACAAGGCACUAAAGUAAUACUGCAAAAAAUGUGGCAAAGCAAUAAACUUUUUGUCCUGAAUAUAAAGUGUUAUGUUUGGGGGAAAUCAAAUCCAACACAUUACUGUAUACCACUCUCCAUAUUUUCAAGCAGUGGUGGCUGCAUCAUGUUAUGGGUAUGCUUGUAAUCGUUAAGGACUGGGGAGUUUUUCAGGAUAAAAAAGAAACUGGAUGGCGCUAAAACACAGGCAAAAUCCUAGAGGAAAACCUGGUUCAAGCUGAUUUCCACCAGACACUGGGAUAUGAAUUCACCUUUCAGCUGAACACAUGGCCAAAUAUACACUGGAGUUGCUUACCAAGAAGAAAGUGAAUGUUCCUGAGUGGCCAAGUUACAAUUUGGACUUAAAUCUACUUGAAAAUCUAUGGCAAGACCUGAAAAUGGUUGUCUAGCAAUGAUCAACAACCAAUUUGACAGAACUUGAAGAAUUUUGAAAAUAAUUAUGGGCAAAUAUCUUACAAUCCAGGUGUGGAAAGCUCUUAGAGACUUACCCAGAAAGACUCACAGCUGUAAUCACUGCCAAAGGUGCUUCUACAAAGUAUUGACUCAGGGGUAUGAAUACUUAUGUAAAUGAGAUAUUUAUUUCUUUAAUUUGUAACACAUUUGCAAACAUUUUUAAAAACAUGUUUUCACUUUGUCAUUGUGUGUGUAGAUGAGUGAGGGGAAACACAUCGAUUUAAUACAUUUUGAAUUCAGGCUGUAACACAACAAAAUGUGGAAUAGGUGGCUACACUUUCUGAAGCCACUGUAUGUAAACGCUGUUAAUAUAUGUGUAUGUAAACGCUGUUAAUAUAUGUGUAUUUAAACGCUGUUAAUAUAUGUGUAUGUAAACGCUGUUAAUAUAUGUGUAUGUAAACGCUGUUAAUAUAUGUGUAUGUAAACUCUGUUAAUAUAUGUGUAUGUAAACGCUGUUAAUAUAUGUGUAUGUAAACUCUGUUAAUAUAUGUGUAUGUAAACGCUGUUAAUAUAUGUGUAUGUAAACGCUGUUAAUAUAUGUGUAUGUAAACUCGGUUAAUAUAUGUGUAUGUAAACUCUGUUAAUAUAUGCGUAUGUAAACUCUGUUAAUAUAUGUGUAUGUGAAGUUUAUUUCCAAAAUGCUAUAUCCACCAAUUUUUCACAUUUGUUUUUUUAUCAGAAAUUAUUGCUUAUGGGUACGUGUGUGUGUGUGUGCAGUAUUGUUAUUCUCAGAUAUUUUUAUUCAUAGAUUUCAAAUAUGUAUUCAAAUGUAUUUUUUCACAAAACGCUACAGAUGUAUGUAGGAUCUUAAUUUGAGCCAGUUUAACUACAUCAGGAAAAUAAUCCUACAGCAACAGGAAAUGUGAAUUAUGUGGAUUAUAAUUAAUUCUCAGCAACAAAAGUGAUCAAAUUAAGAUCCUACAUCUGUAUAGAUCCAUUGUUUAGCUGGAAUGGAAUGUUCGUUUCCUGUAUAAUUGACUGUGACAUGUGGUUAUCUUAAGAUGAAUGCACAAACUGUAAAUAACUCAGGAUAAACGCUUCUGCUAAAUGACAAAUGUCAAGUGUUUUGCAUGCAGAUCUCAAUACUGUGUUGAAUAAUUUUUUUAAAUAUGUCACAAAUGUAUAAUUGGUACAGUUCUUUUAUUAAAAAGCUAGCUAUUUGAUCCAUUUGACUGUGUAAAACCUAGCAGUACUACUAAUUUCUCUGAGAGUGAGGCGGAUAUAGUGUUUAGAAUUUCGCAAAAACAACAUGAUCAUUUGUGUCUCUGAAAUGAAACCAAGUGAUAGAUUUUAAACAAACACGUCUGUCAUUGAACAACACCAUGCCAUGAUUAGAUAGUGAAAAAAACACACCGAUGUUAUUAAUAAUUUCUUUAAAAACAAUAAAUGCUCAUUUACUAACAUUUCUGAAAAUGGAUAUAUAGUGUUUUGGAAAAUAAACUCUUUAUGUCCUCUUCCAGUAAUCACAUCCCCUGAUCUGCACAAACAUGGAGACAUCUGGGUCGUUCCCAAUACCGACCACGUCUGUACACGCUUCUUCUUUGUGUAAGUAGGACUAAACAGUAUCCCUUACAGUAGUUAUUGGACGGUAUGCCCUUUAUUGGGCAUCCCUUACAGUGGUCUCCAAUUCAUCAAAGCAGACUAGGGGUUAAGGUAGCAGACUAGGGGUUAAGGUAGAAGACUAGGGGUUAAGGUAGCAGACUAGGGGUUAAGGUAGCAGACUAGGGGUUAAGGUAGCAGACUAGGGGUUAAGGUAGCAGACUAGGGGUUAAGGUAGCAGACUAGGGGUUAAGGUAGCAGACUAGGGGUUAAGGUAGCAGACUAGGGGUUAAGGUAGAAGACUAGGGGUUAAGGUAGCAGACUAGGGGUUAAGGUAGCAUCCUAGGGGUUAAGGUAGCAUCCUAGGGGUUAAGGUAGCAGACUAGGGGUUAAGGUUAGCAGACUAGGGGUUAAGGUAGCAGACUAGGGUUAAGGUAGCAGGACUAGGGGUUAAGGUAGCAGACUAGGGGUUAAGGUAGCAGAUAAGGGUUAAGGUAGCAGACUAGGGGUUAAGGUAGCAGACUAAGGGGUUAAGGUAGCAGACUAGGGGUUAAGGUAGCAGACUAGGGGUUUAAGGUAGCAGAACUAGGGUAGGGGUUUAAGGUAGCAGACUAAGGGGUUAAGGUAGCAGACUAGGGGUUAAGGUAGCAGGACUAGGGGUUAAGGUAGCAGACUAGGGGUUUAAGGUAGCAGACUAAGGGGUUAAGGUAGCAGACUAGGGGUUAAGGUAGCAGACUAGGGGUGAAGGUAGCAGACUAAGGGGUUAAGGUAGCAGACUAAGGGGUUAAGGUAGCAGGGACUAGGGGUUAAGGUAGCCAGACUAAGGGGUUAAGUAGCAGACUAAGGGGUUAAGGUAGCAGACUAAGGGGUUAAGGUAGCAGACUAAGGGGUUAAGGUAGCAGACUAAGGGGUUAAGGUAGCAGACUAGGGUUAAUAGGGUUAAGCAGACUAGGGGUUAAGGUAGCAGACUAGGGGUUAAGGUAGCAGACUAUGGGUUAAGGUAGCAGACUAGGGGUUAAGGUAGCAGACUAGGGGUUAAGGUAGCAGACUAGGGGUUAAGUAGCAACUAGGGGUAAGGUAGCAGACUAGGGGUUAAGGUAGCAGACUAAGGGGUUAAGGUAGCAGACUAGGGGUUAAGGUAGCAGACUAGGGGUUAAGGUAGCAGACUAGGGGUUAAGGUAGCAGACUAGGGGUUAAGGUAGCAGACUAAGGGGUUAAGGUAGCAGACUAAGGGGUUAAGGUAGCAAGACAAGGGGUAAGGUAGCAGACUAGGGGUUAAGGUAGCAGACUAGGGGUUUAAGGUAGCAGACUAAGGGGUUAAGGUCGCAGACUAGGGUAAGGUAGCAGACUUGGGUUAAGGUAGCAAGGACUAGGGGGUUAAGGUAGCAGACUAGGGGUAGGUACAGACUAGGGGUUAAGGUAGCAGACUAGGGGUUAAGGUAGCAGACUAGGGGUUAAGGUAGCAGCUAAGGGGUUAGGUAGCAGACUAAGGGGUUAAGGUAGCAGACUAGGGUUAAGGUAGCAGACUAAGGGGUUAAGGUAGCGACUAGGGGUUAAGGUAGCAGACUAUGGGUUAAGGUAGCAGACUAGGGUUAAGGUAGCAGACUAAGGGGUUAAGGUAGCAGACUAAGGGGUUAAGGUAGCAGACUAGGGGUUAAGGUAGCAGACUAUGGGUUAGUAGCAGACUAGGGGUUAAGGUAGCAGACUAGGGGUUAAGGUAGCAGACUAAGGGGUUAAGGUAGCAGACUAGGGGUUAAGGUAGCAGACUAGGGGUUAAGGUAGCAGACUAGGGGUUAAGGUAGCAGACUAGGGGUUAAGGUAGCAGACUAAGGGUUAGGUAGGGACAGACUAGGGUUAAGGUAGCAGACUAGGGGUUAUAAGAUAGGUUAGAGCGACUAGGGGUUAGGUAGCAGACUAGGGGUUAAGGUAGCAGACUAAGGGGUUAAGGUAGCAGACUAGGGGUUAAGGUAGCAGACUAAGGGUUAAGGUCCUUUAAAGAGGUUUGUCACAAAGAAAUCAAACAUACCAGUAUUUGAUAAUACUAGUGAAUAAACAUUUUAGCUUUUUGACAUUUUACAAGAGUUUAAUUAAUAGCUAGAGUUCCCACAGGGAAUUUGUUCUGGCGGUUGGUACUGAGAAGUGAUGUUCUGGCGGUUGGUACUGAGAAGUGAUGUUCUUGUGUGAUUCUUCUGGUCCAGUUAUGAAGAUGGCCAGGUGGGAGAUACGAGCAUCAACACACAAGACGCUGGCAUCCAUCGAGAGAUCCUACGAGUCAUCGGCAACCAGACCGCCACGGGA